CACCCGAACCUGAACACCACAAUAAAACACCCAUUUUCUUCAUCUCUUAACGAUUCAUCAGCGUCGACACAGGGUCACAAGGUCACAACUCAGCAAUCUGACAUCUGUGGUUUUAAGCCGGGUCUGUUCCAAAACAACAACAGCGCUGGCUGUUGUGUAAAUAUUUGCCCGAAUCUCACACGCCCGCAGCAAGGCGCGACCCUUUCUCUCCCUCUCGGAACACAACCACAACUCGCAACUCCCUGUUGUCAGUCUCGUCUAGCAAGCUACGGAUUACGAUUCAUUCAUCAUCUUUAUGCCCUGGCUUCCCGCCUUCACUGCGCUUGUUCAUCUCAGCGGUCAGCGGCUAUCGGGUGGAGGGUUGGGGUUAGGGUCAGACAUCCCCGAUUCAGCAGCAUGUCACCAUGGCAGCCCCUAUUGUGUACGAUGGAGUGAACGGGAAGUACGAGGGAACUCUUUUCAACGGUCUCAAGUUCUGGGUUGCCCAACGGGUUCCCACCCGUAGCUCCAUUCUAGAAAGAAUUAGGAAUAAUGGCGGCAAGAUCGUCCAGUUGGAAAAGUUUGCAGACGUCUUGGUUGCAGACCACGCCAGGAAAGACUGCCCACCGGGAUCCGUAUCAUGGAAGUACAUCAAUGAUUGCGUGACCGGGGGAGAACUCGUUGACAUUGAGGACUACCGCAUACACGAAACCAAGGCACCGAGCAAAGGCAUUAAAGUUCCAUACACCAAGCUGGACGAGCAGAUACUCGUGACUUGGGUCCGGAGAGCUGGGAGCGAUCUCAGCGGCAACGAAAUUUACAAAGAUCUUGCCAAAAAGUAUCCGCACCACAGUUGGCACUCAUGGCGGGACAAAUGGGUCAAGAAUAUGUCCCUGCUCGGCGAGGAUCAGUUACCUCCCGUCUUGGAAGAGUUACCUCCCCGCCGCACACAGCCGGGCAGCGGUCCCCAGACGGCGCCUGAUACUCCCGCACCACCAGCAAAACCAACGCCUGCCACCCGAGAUGUUAAAACCAGCUCUGGGCGCAACCAUACGCCGGUGCGGAAGCCCAGAAAUUUCUUCACGGAUGAAGACGACAAAAUUCUCGCCAAAUACGUGGCGGAUCGCAUAAAGGCGGGCGAGAAACCGAAUGGCAACCUGAUUUACCAAGAUUUCCAAAAGAAGCACCCACAUCACGGCUGGCAUUCGUGGCGCGAUCGAUGGGUACGGCACCUCUCGUUGAGAGAUCCCUCCCAUCUUUCGGCGCUCGAGGAAGAGCCCGCGGUCGAACCGUCCCGGGCACACACACACCCAGCUAUAUCGGCACCAUCUCCGGCAGACCCGCCCAAGGCCCGAGUAGCACCAACUAUACCGCCACCGUCCGCAAGAACACCAGCUGUACCGCCGUCAUCCGCAAGAACGCCCGUUGUACCGCCACCGUCCGCAAGAACACCAGUUGUACCGCCACCAGCCACCAAAGCAUUAACCAGGCCAUCCCCAAUCGAGCGCCGCGGAAACCAAACGAUGCCGGCUCUAAUACCAACCAACCCCGCAAACACUCUCACAGACGGGCAACCUAUGACUCGACUGCAGGAGUUGAAGCAGAGAGGGAAUCAGAUCACCAUUGCUAGGGCAAUACAGUCACCCGCGAGGGGUUAUCUUUUGCGUACAAGGUUGAGGACACUACAGGCAUGUGUCGCAGCGUUGCAGCCAAGAGCUCUGGGUUUCUUGACACGCCAUGCCCUGGGCCUGACCGAGAUUCAAGUCGAGCCGGGGGAAGAGGGAUGGUUCCCUGCCACUGAACAGGGCCCAGCCCUACCCCAGGAUGAUGAUGCGGAAUCUGCACCCCCUGAAGAAGACGAGGACGAACCCAACCAACCGAACCAACACGUAACCCCCGCCCCUCCCAAGACCACGCCGGUCCUGUCUCGCGAGGAGUUCUGGCGUACCUUUAACGAGUUCAACGAGCUCAACUGCGUCCUGCCUGGACCCUGGGUGCAGAUUGACCACCAGGCAGUCGACAUCUGGGACCUGUGGCGGUGUGCCACCGCAGAGCCAGAUCACUCGUUCCGCGAUUGGGAGGUUAUUGCCGAAAGCCUGGGCUUUGACUGGAUUGCGGAGCCGCAUGUGCUUGUGCAUCUGAAGAUUGCGUUCGAGAAACACCUGCUGGAGUUUGAGACGACGUUGAAGGAGUUUGAUCAGUGGGACGAGGAGGACGAGGAGGAAGCGGGGGAGGGCGGUGAGGAGGAGGUGGAGGAGGUAGAGGAAGAAGAGGAGGAGGAGGAGAAGGAGGUGGAGGAAGUAGAGGAGGAGGAGGAAGAGAGAAGGGAGGGUGAGAAGGGGGUCGAAGAGGAGGAAGACGAUGAAGAAAUAGAGGAAGGGGACGAAGAAGGGGUCAUGGUUGAGGAAGCCGAGGACGACGAGACCGCGUCACAGGAAUCCGACGCCAAUUUCGUGUCCUCGCCCCCUAUCAACCUGAAAAGAGCCAGGGUACUGUCGCGUACACCCUUCUCUAGUUCGGUUAGGAAACGGCCACGAUACGAUCCCGAUGUUGAGGUCCCGGAGACACCAGAAACGCGCACCGAGCGAGCCGGCCAAGGAGUCGCCGGGGCUAGGGCGGCCGCCUCCAACCAGCAUACCCCGACUAGACGCCCGCGUCAUACACAGCCAGCAAGACAACCCGCCGAGCCGGAAGCUCAAUACUCCCGGCCCAUCCCUCAGUACGAUGGCACAGAGGAUGACGUCCUUCUCACUCCCUCACAGCAGCUACGCUCCGAAAUCGAAGCCACCGCUUUCCAGGAAGAGCCAUCUCGAAGCGCUCCGGGCGGCACAUCCUCCGCCCAACCGCUUUUCAUAUCCGACGACGACGAAACCUCCAACUCAGACGACGGUUUCGAGUCCGUCGACAACCUCCCCGUCAGAGCUCCCCCUCCCCGAGACCGCGAGAACCCCCAUCAACGAACCCUCCCCUGGGCCAAGGACAAAGGCAAACAGCCAGCCACCGCCACCCCACAACCACCCCCUCUCGCCCGUACCACACCCACAACCGCAACCACACAACCCACCCCACGAAACCAACCCCUCUCAACCCCCCACCCGCGCACCCCUACCCACACCCACACCCCCACCCCUCCAAACCCCCCGCCCGACCCGGGCCCAAUCCUCAAGCACUUCCUCAAGCUAAACCGCUACCCACCAACCCUCAUCGCCCGCGCCGUGCGCGCCACUACCUGCCACUUCCACAAUACCGAAAUUGUGCUGGACAGCCUGGUGCUGGGGAAGGGCGUGCCCGCCGAUAUGCCGGGGGUGUGGACGGAGGGGGACGAUCGCGUGUUGAGUGAGGUUGGUGUUGGGAAGGAGAGGGAUAGGGAUAAGGCGAGGGCGUUGAAGGGGCUGGUGAAGAAGCAUGGGCAGGAGGGGGUGGUUAUGAGGAGGGCGUUUUUGAGGGGGUUGGAGGGGGCUUAGAGGGCUUGGUUUGGGGUGGGUUAGGGUGGGAGGGUUGGGUGUGGUUGGGUGUGGUUAGGGUGGGAGGGUUCUAGGUUGUGAGGAGGGUAGGGUGAGGGUUGUGGGCGGUUUGAGCGAGUGACUUUUUCUGGGGGGCUGGCGGUUUGUUUCAUGUCAUUAGGUUGGCUCAAGGGUUGUUAGGAAACCGGUGGCAGCGUGCCUAGGACGGUGCGGUUUUGUUGUUAAUAUCAGUCUAUUAUUAUCAUUGCCCUCUAAAUCGGGCGCCUUUCGCCAUCAGUCAUCUAGGUAGACAACCAUUCCAGAG